AUUCUUGUCAAUCCAAUGUUAACUUUGUUUCAACAACAAAAACCUUUGCCCACCAAAUAAUUUAUGUGUUCGACUCUCAGAUUCAUACAAAGUCGGAUCGAUCUAUCCAAAACCAUUGGAUGAAAAAAGAAAGAAUGGCAAAAUGGGAAUCCUCUUAUAAUCUUAUGGUGAUAAGAAAAAACUAUAGAACGACCUACUGUUAUCGAUAAUCGGCGGGUGGAGCAGCAAAUUAUUUUCUAGUAUAUUCAAACGAUGUGAGGAGAAUAUUUUGCUAGUUCAUGAAUAGAUGUCUUUAGCUUCACUCCUACUCAACUUCCCAUAAACCAACCUCCGAACUUCUUGAUAUCAAGUAAUUGCCUUUUCAUUGUGUUGCACUUGCAUUUAGCUUGGCCUCUUCUAUUUCCCUAGUUAGCAUUUAUUUUUUCUUUUUUUGUCUUUCUCUGAUUCGGAGUGCCUAUUGAAAUGGGGACGCUAAAGGCCCUGAAAGGAAAGAGUUCGUUGUCCGUAAUUACCAUUACAAUCUGCACGUUGGCCUUUGUUACGCUCUUCUACACUCAGACGAUAAGUUCUUUUUCGUUCAGGCUAAAGUCCUGUCCUAGAAGGAAUACGGCUAAGAAGUCAUUUCCAGAUGACAGGAACGGGGAUCUCGGUGCACUGAACUAUGCAGCAGACGAUCGGUUUGAGUUUGAUCCAGAGGAGUGCAGUCUAGUCCAUGGAAAAUGGGUAUUUAACCGUUCCAUUAAGCCUCUGUAUUCGGACAGGACAUGCCGGUACCUUGAUAGGCAGGUCUCAUGUGUCAAGAAUGGACGGCCGGAUUCUGACUACAGGCACUGGGAGUGGCAGCCUGAUGACUGUAUCUUGCCUAGGUUUGAUCCUGAAAUAGCACUGCGAAAACUUCAAGGCAAGAGGCUAAUGUUCGUAGGGGAUUCACUACAGAGAGGACAAUGGCAAUCCUUCGUUUGCCUCAUUGAUUCUGUAAUACCGCAAGGACAGAAAUCCAUGAAACGAGGCCGUUUGCAUACCGUCUUCAAGGCCAAGGAAUACAAUGCAACAAUUGAGUUCUAUUGGGCGCCGUUCCUUGUAGAGUCCAACUCGGAUCUUCACAUAAUAGCAGACCCAAAGAAGAGAAUUCUGAAAGUUGAUUCAGUCGCCAAGCAUGCCAAACACUGGAUAGGAGUGGAUAUCCUUGUCUUUGAUACUUAUGUUUGGUGGAUGGGUCGCCUCAGGACCAAUUCAUUAUGGGGUUCUUUUGCAAAUGGAGACGAAGGAUAUCACGAGUUGGACACAACAGUUUCUUACAACAUAGGACUUAAAACAUGGGCAAAUUGGGUGGACUCAAAUCUCAAUCCCAACAGAACAAGAGUGUUUUUCACUACAAUGUCCCCUUUACAUGAGAGGAGCGCGGAUUGGGGCAAUGCGAACGGAACCAGAUGCUUCAACGAAACAAAACCAAUCCCAAAGAAACGAUAUUGGGGGAGCGGCUCAAACAAGCAGAUGAUGAGCGUAGUGGCACGUGUGGUGAAGAGGAUGAAAUUUCCUGUGACUUUGAUAAACAUCACUCAGCUAUCAGAAUACAGGAUUGAUGCUCACACGUCGAUCUACACUGAGUUGGGUGGCAAACUGCUGACGGAUGAGCAAAAGGCCGAUCCAUUGCAUUAUGCAGAUUGUGUGCAUUGGUGUCUGCCAGGAGUUCCUGAUACCUGGAAUCAAAUACUUUAUGCACAUCUGUUGUAGCAGUAGGGAAAAAUGCUCAUUUGGACAAUCAGAUGUCAAUGAUGCAUGGUUUUCUCAUUCGUUGAUCAUCUGUAUGGCCAUUAUUUUGUUAAAAAAUCCAUUCUUUUGAUAUCUCUGCUACGUGGCUUUGUUUGCUUUCAUUUUCAACUUAUUUUUGUGAUAGGCCGAAAUAAGCCAACACAUUAAAGCCCAGUUCUCCUUAGAAUAGGCCCAUUUGGUUAGAAUAAGCAUUUGCCCUAUAUAUAUACGUCAUUUCAGGUGCAUGGACCGCCAUUACGAGUAUAGAGCUAGGGUUUCGGAUCCGUUUUCUAGUAGACGAAAUUUCAUCGCAUCAAAGUAGCAUUUUUUAGAUCACCAUUGAUGCAUUUAUAGUUUAGAUACCUUGAAUCUUAUAAUUGAGAAUAAUGGGUGGAGGUGGGAAUUUUAUUCACAGAGUAGUGUCGUAUGUGGCUAACGAGCUUAUCGUCAAUGGAAUGGCCAACAGGCUUGUAAUGACCGCGGAGAUGACCGCUGUUUUUCUCUAACUUAUCGGUCUGAGGCUCAUCCUUGUGUAUUUUGAAUCUACGCAGAGUCAUUGUAAGAUGUAUUUCAACAGUUUUUGCUUGAAAAUCCUGUUUAAGUUGUUUUUUAUGGGUGCUCUUCCUCCAUAUAACUCGAUAGCUAUGGUAGUUAUGUUGCUUUUGAUUCCAACAGCUGUUAAUAGACCAUUGGUGCACUUGGGUGAAUUCUUCGUGUUGCUCCAUGUAGCUGCUCAAAAGCAAAAAGAAAUAUCAGAGCAGUUGAAGGAUGUAUCUAAGAAUUUUGAGUAAUUGAAGAAUCAGUGAUGGUCGGUAGCGCUCUACCCUACUACUGACGUACUGUACAGUGAGCUUUAUUCUAUUUUGUACAGAUAAUGAUGACGAUUUUGAUGAAGCUGGAAGAGGAUUUAUGCUGGAUGUUUUUUGUUUAAAUUUAACUAUAUACACAAUAAUUUGUUCUUUAGUCAAUUGUAAGAAAUUUUGAGUGUAGAGGUUACCUGGUGAUGGCCAUUUUACAAAUUGAAGUUAUUCUGUUGCAUCUUCUGUUUUUAUGGCCAGUUAAAUAUAACAGCUUGCUUAUGUUAUUCCCCACAUUUGUUGUUAAUUGGUGAAUAUGGAUAAACAAUU